UGAAAUAACGUGCUGCAAAAGAUUGUCCGACAGCCCCACUUUGCGUUUGAAAUAGGAAUGCACAUAAAUGUUUGGUGACUGUUCGAAGUUAAAUCAAAUAGCCAUGUUGUACAAAUAAACGAAACACAUCUGUUUAACUGAGAACGCUCUCUGAGCACCCAGUCCACCCAUCCAGGCCAUUUAACACUCAUGUGAUUUCAAACAACCCCAAGGUAGUCCUCCACCCAUUGUGUCCAGUAGAGGUAGCACUUACGCUCACUUUCUCCAAGGCUAUCACUGCCAGUUUCUUUGUAGAGCGAGUUGUUGUGAGUAGUAUUCUGCAGCUGCCGUCAUUAUUGUUAUUAACACAUGAUGACCGAUCCGAUCACUUCACCAGAAGAAAGUUGGAAAACCGAAGGUGCAUUCAGUGACAGCGGGUUUGACCAUGGUUUCUUUACCGAGACCGCGUUAACGAGUAGUCUGGUCUCCAGAGCAAACAGCAUCGGCUCCACAAGUGCCUCUUCAGUACCAAAUACAGAUGAUGAAGACAGUGACUACAGACAUGAGGCAUCGUAUAAGGAUUCGUAUAAAGACAGACGACGACAAGCACACACACAGGCUGAACAGAAACGAAGGGAUGCCAUUAAGAAAGGCUAUGAUGACCUGCAGUCUAUAGUACCAACCUGCCAGCAGCAAUCAGAAUUUGCAGUGGGGGCACAGAAAAUCAGCAAGGCUACCAUACUACAGAAAACCAUCGACUACAUCCAGUUUCUUCAUAAAGAAAAGAAGAAGCAAGAAGAAGAAGUGUCCACACUGAGGAAGGAAGUGAUGGCGCUGAAGAUAAUGAAAACUAACUACGAGCAGAUAGUGGAGGCCCACCAGAACAACCCCCAGCAGGGGGAGGAGCAGGUGUCCGACCAAGUGAAGUUCAGGAUCUUCCAGAGCAUCAUGGACUCGCUGUUCCAGACAUUCAGCAGCUCCGUCUCAGUGAACAGCUUCCAAGAGCUGUCGGCCUGUGUCUUCGGUUGGAUUGAGGAGCACUGCAAGCCACAGACGUUGAGAGAUUUUGUGGUUGGCGUUCUCCGACAGCUCAACAGUCCGCUGUACUGAUCCUUUUUACAACCUCUGGACUGAACUUCAAAAUAUAUAUAUUCGGCCGUAUCUCUAAGGGAGCCGGCCAUCAUCGAGCCACACCUUAGUAUAGAGUGGUGAAGUCACGCCCCUUCCGGUAGAGCCCAUGGGACCUAUGAGAUCGAAAAGUAUGAAUGGGUUUCAAUGGCGAGGAAGUAAUUAUUUUCUGGUCCCAGUCUUUAUAUGCCCUGGAUUACACAUAUGUUGUUUGUCGAUAUAAAUGAUAAUUUUUCAUGCAAAGAAAAAACAAAAAAAAUUCACAAAGAGGUUGAUAAUGUUAGGUUUAGUGUGAGGCCGCUUUGUGAACUACAGCUCUUCGCUGAUCUCGACGGGAAUGAUAUACGUCACCACCCACACUUGGAACCCCGGUACAGACAUGGCGAUCUCUCUGUUCCACUUCACCGCUUUUUACCAAGGGGAGAAUAAAAGCAUCGAAAGGGCUAAAAACCAUUAUAAAUCGGGGCAUGUGGAGGGCUUCAGUUAUGCCGAUGGGGAGAUUGUCGGUCUUGUCCACGCAAGUCGCAGGGAGUGUGACCGUUUUGAUGUUACAUACGAGAUGAGUAGUCUUUCUCAUUGUGUCUUCUCUACAGCCUUUAACUGAAGAACAAUUGCGUAAUAAACGGUCAAACUCUUGACAUGAAAAAUGAUCAUCUAAAUCCACAAACAACAUAUGUGUAAUCGAGGGCAGAUAAAAAACGUGGACCAGAAAAUAAUUACUUUCUCUCCAUUGAAACCCAUUCAUAUUUUUCGAUCUCAUAGGUCCCAUGGGCUCUACCGGAAGGGGCGGGACUUCUAUUACACUUUCCUCAGUUCAAGAUAACAUAUCAAAUAGGUUUAGAGGGAAACUGAAGCUUCAAGUUUUUGUUGAAAGCAAAAUCUCCCCUCUAAUCUCAUGUCCAUGUGAUUGUGCCUAAUUUAAUUCAACAUUAUUACAUGUCUCAGAGAAAUUGAUUUUCUGAUGACCAUGCAGCAGCAAUGUCUGCAGAUGAAUGUUAACGCUGUGCUGGGUGAUCCAUUGUGCUGAGAAUAAUUCUGUUUACUUGAUCACUUUUGCCUAUAAAUACAUUAUGAUUCGUGUCUAUGUUUUCAAAUUAUACUUCAGCCAGGCUGAAGUAUAGUUUUAAGCCAAGACCAGUUUGAAGGUCUGUUAUACCCUAUAAUUGUAUAAGAAAGCAAAUUACUGAAAAUGUAUUUAAAAAUUGUCAACUUGAAAUCUAUACAGCUGUAUUUUCACUGUUUGGUGCAAGUUUUUUAUUUUGAUUAGAAUCUCGACUUUACCUGCCAACUUGGUGAACUGUUGCCAAAUGUUUUGAUACAUGUUUUUUUCCUACAUUUCUAGUUCAUUUUCUCAAAUAGAAAUACAAAUAAUUUGUAAGCGGUCAGUUUGUUCAAUUGUACCUCUGUCAAUUUUACUUAAUUUAUUGUGUGGGAAACAUAAAAGCCAUCUUUACUGAAAGUGCUCACUGCCUUUGUAUAAAUGCUUUCACCACCACUGAUGUGGAUUGCAAGUGAUUGUAUUUUAAAUCCAGAGAUCAAAAGGCAACACUGGGGUUUGAGCAUGAGUAAUGUAUGGCAGUGUAUACAAUUUCCAAAGUCGUGAUUGCCUCUUAUUGAAUUAAACCCAAUCCAUUAUUGCCGUAGUAUCGCAUAGCCAUUUUCGGAUUGCCAACCAACUCUCUAGGAUCAGUAAAAUACAUCACAUGGGGCUGAAUCUGGAAUAGACCCAUAGCUGACACACAUUUUGCUGUUUAUUUUAAAACUUUGUAUCAGAUUUACUGCACUGGGAUCUUAUUUUUUUUAAAGGACACUACCUAAGUAGUGAGUACAUACCUCAGUUGGUUGCUUCUUUCACACUGAAACUUUGUAAUCGGUAAGAAUUUUAAUGUUUUACUUUAAUUAGUUGCCUUUUUACUCUGUCUUGAAAAUAAUUGUAAUCCUAUCUAGAGGUUAUUUCAAGUGUGCAUGUACAUGUUUACAAACAUUGUAUUUUGUAUUUUAUGUUUAUUUUUAUUUACAAACUCAUUGAAAGGAAAUUGUUGACGUUUAAAUAAAAUGAAUCUCCUUGUACAUUUGGAUAUAA